GUAUCAUUAAAUAACGAUCAGUUACGAUCUAUCGAAAUUAUAAAAAGAAAAUUUUUAUCGUUUCACGAAUAAGUACGUGAACUUAUCAACAGUAAAUUUCAGUUUAAUACAAAUUUCUUUUUUACAUUAAAUUUGAUACUAUCAUGAGUACCCUGUAUUAUUUGCUUACUUUUUUUAUUGUAAGCUCGGCAAUUUUCGUGGAAAUUAAUUCUCAUCCACGUAUAAUAUCUGAAGCCGAAAACUCAUGUGCAAAAGAGCACAAUAUUAAUAUAACGUUAAGUGAGUACAUGUACAAUGGCACUAAAGACAUCAGAAUUAAAAUUGGAGAAGACAAAUUAUAUUGUGCCAUAGGAUGUUUCCUGAAAGGCUAUGGCAUGAUUACGAAAGAAAGUAUCUUUGAUGCUUCACGCUUUUUGACUUUGUUACCGCGCCUGGCGAGAGAUCUCAAAUUGGAUGAUAAAGCAAAGAAAACUGUUAAAGCUUGUGACAGAAUCAAAUCGGAAUGUCCUUGUCAUACAACCUUAUUGGUUUCAAAUUGCUUGCCACCGGUAUUAAGAGAAUAUUUUCAGAAGAAACAAUGGCUAUAAUUUUAAGUAAAUAAUAGAUUGUAUAAAUAAAUUAUUUAACAUAGUUGUGAAAAUCAAUAUAACAAAGUAUUGAAAAUAAAUACACGGAAAAGUAGUGAUUUAAAUAUCGCAUCAGGUGAUGC